ACCAUUUCCGGGAUUCCGAGGUGGGCCUAGACGAGCUAGGCGGCGUGCUGGCGGCUAUUAAAGUGAGGCCGGCACUGCUCACCCCGACACUCCACGACCACCAAGCGGGGAAGAAUAUUUCAGGGGCAUCCUACAAUCUGACAUCACAAGCUGUGGACAAAUACAAAUCGGGAGGGACAAAAAAAAGUACCAUGCAUCAGACUCCUGCAGAUGUCUGUGUUUAAAAGCCAAACAAUGGGAGAGGAGGUCUACGUGCAAAGAAUCUGGAGGUGGGAGAGGUUUCUCCACCCGGGCUUGGCCGAGCGCAGUGACACCGCAGUGACGUGCACAUGGCGUCUUUUUGGAAUGAGUUGACUUUUUAUUUCAUUUUUUGUUGCCACAUUAACACAGACUGAAAGAAAGGAUCUAAUAUGGACUUGGCUGGAGUUUUAUAAGUCUACAUCUGAGGUUCUGCCUUAUUUUUUUAAAACUUUCAAAGACACCAUCAUACUUUUCUUUGAUUUGAAGAAAGAAACAAGAGGAGGCAAUCAUUGUUGAGUUGUACACGGCUGCUUCAAAAAGUGUGGAAGCGUCCCGCUUGCAGCCAUCAACCAAUCCUCACUUUCUUCCACCCACCCAGUGCCUAACUAAGCCCCUUCGGGACAAUCACAGCUGCUGUGCUCAAUCCCCUGCCUGCUUCUUCUGCUCUAUGCCGCCAGUCUUUCAUUUCCCCGCUCCCUUACAUUGAGAUCGAUUUAUUUUUAAUUCUGCAAAGCAGAUAAUCAGAACUCAAGCACAGCGAUUGGAAGUCAUUUGAGUUGUGUUUUGCAGACUUUGCUGAAGUUUGUGCACCGAAUAACAAACAAUACCAUUGAAGCCAUGCAAAAAUAUCUAUGAAUUUCCUACACUUAUUUUUGUAUCAUAUUGCUGCCCCUGCUUUUUUACGCUUAAAUUAUAAUUCAGCACAGAACAUUUUAUAUUUAUGCAAGUCAAAGUGUAUUGUUAUGUGAGAUAAAAAAAAAAUCUAUUUGAGUAAGUAUUGUAGUGCUGGGAAAUCGUUAGUAAGUGUUUCCAUUCAUAUGCUGCUUAGCCUAGUGCUUAUUUUUGAAAUUAUAGCAAUGGCCUCUCCCAAAAAGACCCAGUUUUUGUCAUUUUGACCCCCGAGAACAGCUUUUAAAAUAGGUAGACAGUAGACACCUGGCUUGGUCUUUCUCCCUUUAUUCCGUCUCUGAUGCCGUGCACCAAAACCGGAGGUGUUGGGGGAGGAGCGGGCGGCCAAGUUUCUGCUCCUCCCCGCCCUUUCCGACCCAGCCGCUAUGUCCCGGUGUCUGCGGCCACCAUCUUCCUGGUCGGAUCCACCUCCUUGUUCUUCUGCUUCACAUGCCCGUGGUUGUCUGAGUAUUUGUCCUCCAUCAUUCCCAUCUACGUGGCCGUGAUCUUCCUCUUCACCCUGGCCAACUUCUGCAUGGCCACCUUUAUGGAUCCUGGAAUCUUCCCUCGAGCGGAGGAGGACGAGGACAAAGAGGAUGAUUUCCGCGCUCCUCUCUACAAGACGGUGGAGAUCAAAGGCAUCCAGGUGCGCAUGAAGUGGUGCUCCACCUGUCGCUUCUACAGACCCCCGCGCUGCUCACACUGCUCGGUCUGCGACAACUGUGUGGAGGACUUCGACCACCACUGUCCCUGGGUGAACAACUGCAUCGGUCGACGCAACUACCGCUACUUCUUCCUCUUCCUGCUGUCCCUCACCACCCACAUUGUCAACGUGUUUGGCUUCGGGCUCGUUUACGCGCUGCACCAUCACCAGCAACUCGACACGCCACACGCUAUUGUGACUAUGGUUGUGAUGUGCGUUGCUGGCAUGUUUUUUGUCCCAGUCGCUGGCCUGACCGGGUUCCAUAUUGUGCUUGUGGCACGGGGUCGCACCACAAAUGAACAGGUGACAGGGAAGUUUCGUGGAGGCGUUAAUCCCUUCACUAAUGGCUGCGUGAGGAAUAUUUCACAUGUACUUUGCAGCUCACUGGCACCUAGAUACACGGGCCGUUCCCGGAAGCCUCAGAAAGUGGAAAUACAGCCUCCCUUCCUCAGGCCGGCUCUCACCGAGGCCCAGCUGGAAGCCAAGGUGCUGGACAACGGCAUUCAGAAUGACCGACACAGCACAAGAUCAAAGAGCAGUUUAGACCAGAUGGAGAGCCAGUCGGCAGACACGGAGCCUCCGCCGCCGCCUCCCCCGAAGCCAGAACUUCGCUACCCGGGGCUGCCUCGCGCCGACACUGAAGAAAGCAGCCUGUUGACAGAAGGUGUGCCCACACAGUCCAUGUACAAGUACAGGCCCGCGUACAACAGCCCAGGAAGAAACCACAGUGCCCACACACACGCUGGCAAGGUGAUCCGCGGCGAGAGUCUGGACUCCCCGUCUCCCUCCAUCCUCCACUCCAGCCGCCAUCCCAGCUACCGCUCAGAGCCCAGCAAAUUGGACGGGACCGCGGUGGUGGUGGGGGGCGGCGCGGGGGCGUUCAGAGGGGGAGGGGAGAGGGGCGAGGGCCCCGGGGGUUCAGGCAGGACCGUGGGCGGUGUGUCGGGUUACUCCCUGACCGCCCGCUCCCACACCUCUUACCCGUCCUCUCUGGUUCUUUCCGCCGGCGGCUCCUACUCCUCCAGCCUGCGCUCGGCCCACAUGGCGCACAACCCCCUGGCCACCCUCCAAUCAGAAGGCACCACGGACACCAGCUACAAGAGCCUGGCCAAUCAGACCCCUCGCAACGGCAGCCUCUCCUACGACAGCCUGCUGACGCCGUCCGACAGCCCGGAGUUUGAGUCUGCGGCCCACGAGCUGUCGCCCCAGAAGCCCCGCGCCCCGCUGCCGGCGCUGGUCCGAGGCCAGCCCGACGCGGCGCCCCCCGGCUCGCCGCUGCAGGGCUACACCUCCCCCUUCCUCUCGGCUCAGAUCGCCCAGCAGAGGGAGGGCCAUCUGCUCCAGGGUUCUGCCACUUUCUCCUCCCCCCACAGGGCCUACCUGCGCGCCGUCAGCCCGCCCCCCACCUCCGGCCUCCCGGAGACCCAGCACCUGCUCCAGCAUAACCACGACUCCACCUCCAGGGCCCCCCGUAACUCUGUGCCGUCGCCCUCCUCGCCUCCCAUCUCGCCGCCCCCGCGCGGCCUCUCCCUGGGCAAGUCCCAGUCAUACACCGGGGAGGCGGGGCCUCAGCACAAGCCUCGGGUGGCAGCGGCGCUGGGAGGGGGAGGAGCCGGAGGAGGGCUUCAGGCUCCACAGAUGUCCUCUCGCACAAUCUUGGCCAAUCACACGUCAUCUAAGCCCGGAGGCGGAGUGAAGAAGGUGACGGGCGUGGGAGGGACCACUUAUGAGAUAUCGGUUUGAUUGACAGGCCCCGGACAGCUGGAUAUUACAGACCUGACAUCCUGGUACCGCUCCUUGGUUUCCCCAAAGACAAGUCCGACUCUCGGACGCUGGUUUCCUUUCCCUCGAGACACUUUUGCAGACGGGUUGCUCACAGAUGUUGUUUUGGGGACCGGAGUAUUCUCCGUGGAUGUCACGUUUGAAGGUGUGGACCAAGGAAGACCGACCUGUUCUACGGACCACACUACUUGUCCAGAGAAGCAAAGACACGGUAUUCUUUUAGUUUUAUAAGUUUUGAAAUAUUCUUUUAUAUCAAUGUCAACUCUUACAGAUUAUUAUCGGGUCCUGUCAGGUAUCAAUGAGGGUGGAAAAUGUGUAUCAUUGUUUUUUUUUGUAUGGUUAAUCGCCUGUUUAUAAUUGACGGCUGCAUCAGCCACUCCUGAGCUCUGGCGGGAAAUCCUCCAAAAGACGUGGCAAAGAAUGCUUUUAUUUUCCUAAAAGCCAGAGAUGAAUGGACAAGCGGAAGAAGGUGUGUAGUGGGAAAGUGUUGGAGGCGUUAUGCAAACUCACUCGUGUAGCUUUAAGAUCCGUCUUUGUUGUUUUGAUGAUCGCAGAAGCUUUUUAAUUAGUGUCAGCGAGGGAUGGGCUUAUUUAUUCUACCUUUCAUACAAGACAAAGAAAAGUAGAUCCGAGGAAACAUUUCAAAGCACUCUUUUGUUUUGUUUUCAAGGUUUGGAAUUUCUAACGAGCUCCUUGUGAUUAUCGAUGUUUUAGUGACAGGUUUGUAACGCCGGUCCUGAUUUAUGUUUGCCUCCUUUCCAGCAUUUAGUGCACACGUUUGCUUUUUGCUUCUAUUGUUUUUUCCACUUUCCUGGCAUAUUGUGUACAGUAGGUCUGAUUUUCACAUGAAGUGGUAAAAGGUACAAGUGACUUUAUUUGAAACCCACAGCCAUGUUACGCAGGGAAGGACAAAACACUCGCGAGUUCGUGUUCCAAUUGAGCCUCGCACUAAAUUCCACUUUUGCCUCAAACCAGGGGUGUCAAACUCAUUUUCAUUGAGGGCCGCUUUUUUUAAAUUAAUUCACAUUACGCAUGCGGGUAAUAACCUGUGAUCAAUCACGAUUAAUCAAAAUUCGUAUGGCAUUUAUUACAUUUUUUUAAAAUCUAUAACUUUUUAUGUAUAACUUGCUUUAAAAUCAUGAUACAUUUACAUCAUGCAUGUGGGGAAUAACCUGUGAUUAAUCAUGAUUAAUCAAAAUGCAUAUUGAUUGAUUGAUUGAUACUUUUAUUAGUAGAUUGCACAGUACAGUACAUAUUCCGUACAAUUGACCACUAAAUUGUAACACCCGAAUAAGUUUUUCAACUUGUUUAAGUCGGGGUACACGUUAAUCAAUUCAUGGUAAUAAAUAUGCAUUUAUUAGAUUUUUUUUUACUGUAUAACUUGCUUUAUAAUCAUAAUUUACAUUAUGUAUGCAGGUAAUAACCUGUGAUUAAUCAUGAUUAAUAGAAAUGCAUAUUGUAUUUAUUAGAUAUGUGUAACUUGCUUAAAAAUCAUAAUAAAUUUACAUUAUGCAUGCGGGUAAUAACCUGUGAGUAAUCAUGAUUAAUUGAAAUGCAUAUGUAUUUUAUAGAUUAUUUUUUAAUGUAUAACUAGCUUUAGAAUCAUAAGUUUACAUUAUGCAAGCGGGCAAUAACCUGUGAUUAAUCAUGAUUAAUCAAAAUGCAUAUUGCAUUUUAUAGAUUUUUUUUAAAUGUAUAACUUUCUUUAAAAUUAUAAUAAAUUUACAUUAUGCAUGCGGGUAAUAACCUGUGAUUAAUCAUGAUUAAUCAAAAUGCAUAUUGAAUUUAUUAGAUUUUUUUAUGUAUAACUUUCUGUAAAAUCAUUAUACAUUUACAUUAUGCAUGCCUGUGAUUAAUCAUGAUUAUAAUGCAUAUUGCAUUUAUUAGAUUUUUUUUAUGUUUAACUUUCUUUAAAAUCAUAAUAAAUUUACAUUAUGCAUGCGGGUAAUAACCUGUGAUUAAUCAUGAUUAAUUGAGUUGCACAUCCAUUUGCUUUUGGCUGUUAAAACUCUCAAAAACGGUUAAAUACAUGUAGCGCUGAAUUUGACCAUAAAUCCAUGUGCAUGUCGAUUAAUCAUGAUUAAUAGAUUAAUCAUGAUUAAUCGACUAAUCAUGAUUAAUCGAAAUGCAUAUUGAUUUAUUACUUUUUUAUGUAUAACUUACUUAUAAUCAUAAUAAAUUUACAUUAUGCAUGCAGGUAACAACCUGUAAUUAUGAUUAAUUGAGUUGCACAUCCAUUUGCUUUUGGUUGUUAAAACUCUCAAAACCGGUUAAAUACAUGUACCGCUGAAUUUGACCAUAAAUCCAUAUGCAUGUCGAUUAGUCAUGAUUAAUCGAAAUGCAUAUUGAUUUAUUAUAUUUUUUUAAUGUAUAACUUACUUUAAAAUCAUAUUAAAUUUGCAUUAUGCAUGCGGGUAAUAACCUGUGAUAGAUCAUGAUUAAUCAAAAUGCAUAUUGCAUUUAUUAGAUUUUUUUUAUGUCUAACUUUCUUUAAAAUCGUAAUUUGCAUUACGCUUGUGAGUAAAUACCUGUGAUUAAUCAUGAUAAAUCGAAAUGCAUAUGCAUUUUAGAUUUUUUUUAAAUGUAUAACUUGCUUUAAAAUCAUAAAGGUGACAAGCAGAUAUUUGUUUUUAUUUCCAUAAAUCGAAUAAAUCCAUAUACAUUUCGAUUAAUCAUGAUUAAUCGAAAUGCAUAUGGAUUUACUAGAUUUUUUUUUAUGUAUAACUUGCUUUAAAAAUCAUAAUAAAUGUACACAAUGCAUGCCUGUGAUUAAUCAUGAUUACGAUGCAUAUUGCAUUUAUUAGAUUUUUUUUAUGUUUAACUUGCUUUAAAAUCAUAAAAAAUUUACAUUAUGCAUGCAGGUAAUAACAUGUGAUUAAUCAUGAUUAAUCGAAAUGCACAUCCUUUUGCUUUUGGCUGUUUUAACUCUCAAAACCGGUUAAAAUACAUGUAGCAAAGAAUUUGUCCAUUAAUCCAUAUGCAUUUCGAUUAAUUGUGAUUAAUCCACUAAUCAUGAUUAAUCUAAAUACAUGUUGUUUUAUUAUAUUUGUUUUAUGUAUAACUUGUGUUAAAAGCAUACUAAAUUUACAUUAUGCAUGCGGGUAAUAACGUGAUUAAUCAUGAUUAAUAGAAAUGCAUAUGCAUUUAUAAAAAAAUUUUGUCUAACUUUUUUAAAAAUCAUAACAAAUGUAUAUUAUGUAUGCGGGUAAUAACCUGUGAUUAAUCAUGAUUAAUUGAAAUGCACUACAAUUUGCUUUUGGCUGUUAAAACUCUCAAAACUGGUUAAAUACAUGUAGCGCUGAGUUUGACCAUAAAUCCAUAUGCAUGUCGAUUAAUCAUGAUUCAUUGAAAUGCAUAGAAUAGAUUUUUUGAUGUAUAACUUGCUUUAAAAUCAUCAAUUUACAAUAUGCACGCGGGCAAUAACGUGUGAUUAAUCACGAUUAAUCGAAAUGCACAUUGCAUUUAUUAGAUUUUUUUAAUGUGUAGAUAGAUAGAUAGUACUUUAUUGAUUCCUUCAGGAGAGUUCCUUCAGGAAAAUUAAAAAAACUUUCUUUAAAAUCAUAACAAAUUAACAUAAUGCAUGCCUGUGAUUAAUCAUGAUUAAUCGAAUACAUAUUGCAUUAGAUUUUUUUAAUUGAUAACUUUAUGUAAAAUCAUAAUACAUUUACAUUCUGCAUGCCUGUGAUUAAUCAUGAUUAAUCGAAUACAUAUUGCAUUAGAUUUUUUAAUGUAUAACUUUAUGUAAAAUCAUAAUACAUUUACAUUAUGCAUUCAUGUGAUUAAUCAUGAGUAUAAUGCAUAUUGCAUUUAUUAGAUUUUUUUAUGUUUAACUUUCUUUAAAAUUAUAAUAAAUUUACAUUAUGCAUGCGGGUAAUAACCUGUGAUUAAUCAUGAUUAAUUGAGUUGCACAUCCAUUUGCUUUUGGCUGUUAAAACCGGUUAAAUACAUGUAGCGCUAAAUUUGACCAUAAAUCCAUAUGCAUUUCGAUUAAUCAUGAUUCAUUGAAAUGCAUAUGCAUAGAAUAAAUUUUUUUAUGGAUUACUUGCUUUAUAAUCAUCAAUUUACAUUAUGCACGCGGACAAUAACGUGUGAUUAAUCAUGAUUAAUCAAAAUGCAUAUUGCAUUUAUUAGGUUUUUUUAAUGUAUAACUUUCUUUAAAAUCAUAAAUUUACAUUGUGCAUGCCUGUGAUUAAUCAUGAUUACAAUGCAUAUUGCAUUUAUAUUUAUUUUAUGUUUAACUUUCUUUAAAAUAAUAAAUUUACAAUAUGCAUGUGGGUAGUAACCUGUGAUUAAUCAUGAGUAAGCGAAUACAUAUUGCAUUAGAUUUUUUUAUGUAUAACUUUCUGUAAAAUCAUAAUACAUUUACAUUAUGCAUGCCUGUGAUUAAUCAUGAUUAUAAUGCAUAUUGCAGUUAUUAGAUUUUUUUUAUGUUUAACUUUCUUUAAAAUUAUAAUACAUUUACAUUAUGCAUGCGGGUAAUAACCUGUGAUUAAUUAUGAUUAAUUGAGAUGCACAUCCAUUUACCUUUGGCUGUUAAAUCUCUCAAAACCGGUUAAAUACAUGUAGCGCUGAAUUGACCAUAAAUCCAUAUGCAUGUCGACUAAUCAUGAUCAAUCGAAAUGCAUAUUGAUUUAUUAUAUUUUUUAAAUGUGUAACUUGCUUUAACAUCAUAAUACAUUUACAUUAUGCAUGCGGGUAUCAACCUGUGAUUGAUCAUGAUUAAUCAUAAUGCAUUUUUUACAUUAUUUUAUAUAUAACUUUCUUUAAAAUUAUAAUUUGCAUUGCGCUUGUGAGUAAUAACCUGUGAUUGAUUGAAAUGCAAAUGCAUUUUAGAUUUUUUUUAAUGUAUAACUUGCUUUUUAUGUAUAACUUGCUUUAAAAUCAUGAUACAUUUACAUCAUGCAUGUGGGGAAUAACCUAUGAUUAAUCACGAUUCAUUGAAAUGCACAUCCGUUUGCUUUUUGGCUGUAUAAACUCUUAAAACCGGUUAAAUACAUGUAGCGCUGAAUUUGACCAUAAAUCCAUAUGCAUUUCGAUUAAUCAUGAUUAAUUGGCUAAUCGUGAAUAAUCGAAAUCCAUAUUGAUUUAUUACAUUUUUCAAUGUAUAACUUGCUUUGAAAUCAUAAUAAAUUUACAUUAUGCAUGCGGGUAAUAACCUAUGAUUAAUCAUGAUUAAUUGAGUUGCACAUCCGUUUGCUUUUGGCUGUUAAAACUCAAAACCGGUUAAAUACAUGUAGCGCUGAAUUUGACUAUGAAUCCAUAUGCAUUUCGAUUAAUCAUGAUUAAUCGGCUAAUCGUGAUUAAUCGAAAUCCAUAUUGAUUUAUUACAUUUUUUUUCUUUAUGUUUAACUUGCUUUAAAAUCAUAAUAAAUUUACAUUAUGCAUGCGGGUAUCAACCAGUGAUUGAUCAUGAUUAAUCGAAAAGCAUAUUGCAUUUAUUAAAUUUUUUUUCAUGUCUAACUUUCUUUAAAAUUAUCAUUUGCAUUGCGCUUGUGAAUAAUAACCUGUGAUUGAUUGAAAUGCAUAUGCAUUUUAGAUUUUUUUUAAUGUAUAACUUGCUUUAAAAUCAUGAUACAUUUACAUCAUGCAUGUGGGGAAUAACCUAUUAAUCAAUCACGAUUAAUUGAAAUGCACAUCCGUUUGCUUUUUGGCUGUUAAAACUCUCAAAACUGGUUAAAUAAAUGUAGCGCUGAAUUUGACCAUAAAUCCAUAUGCAUUUCGACUAAUCAUGAUUAAUCGGCUAAUCGUGAUUAAUAGAAAUCCAUAUUGAUUUAUUAAUUUUUUUUAUUUUUUAUGUAUAUUUUGCUUUAAAAUCAUAAAUUUACAUUAUGCAUGCAGGGAAUAACCUGUGAUUAAUCACGAUUAAUUGAGUUGCACAUCCGUUUGCUUUUGGCUGUUAAAACUCUCAAAACCGGUUAAAUACAUGUAGCGCUGAAUUUGAUCAUAAAUCCAUCUGCAUGUCGAUUAAUCGACUAAUCAUCAAUCAAAAUGCAUAUUGAUUUAUCAUAUUUUUUAAAUGUAUAACUUGCUUUAAAAUCAGAAUAAAUUUACAUUAUGCAUGCGGGUAAUCUGUGAUUGAUCAUGAUGAAUCGAAAUGCAUAUUGCAUUUAUUACAUUUUUUUAUGUAUAAUUUUCUUUAAAAUUAUAAUUUGCAUUGCGCUUGUGAGUAAUAACCUGUGAUUGAUCGAAAUGCAUAUGCAUUUUAGUUUUUUUUUUAAUGUAUAACUUGCUUUAAAAUCAUAAAUAAAGGUGAUAAGCAGAUAUUUGUUUUUUUAUGUCCAAAAAUAGUUUUGCAGUACAGCACAUAAUAAUUGGCAUGAUCAGAUAAUAUUAAAGUUUGAAAUAUGCGUUUUUUUCUGUCAAAAUUGAAAGUUUAAAAAAAAAGAAGUAUUUUAUUGAAACCCGUUUUUAAAAGGUUUUCGUGGGCCACAUAGACUGGAGUUUGACACCUGUGCUUUGAAGGAAUGGAAGUAUAGAAAGAAGGCUUUGUCUUCAUCAUGCAUGUGAUUCCUGCUGUGCGAGACUAAAAAUAAAAACAAAAAAAGAGCCCAAAGAUGGAGUGGGCGCUCCAAGUUCUAACAUCCAACAAGAAGUCACAUGACGCGGACUAAGAAACCAACCUGUCUUUGCUAAAAGUGUGCAAGAAUAAAUAUUGCUCAACGCGGGAUCGGAACGCGAUUCACAAAAAGAUCUGUACCGAGAAUAUUUAAGACGUUUCCGAUAUGGCCUUAUAAAGAAUUUUUUUGAAGAUGUCUUCUCAGAAUAAAAAGGUCAAACAAAA